AUGUCCACCGAAAUCAGCCCUGAAAUGCAUGCAUUCUUGCACGAGCUUCCAAAGUGUGAACACCAUGUGCAUCUGGAAGGUACUCUUGGUCCUGAACUGCUGUUCCCUCUGGCCAAAAGAAACAAUAUCGAGCUACCAAAAGAUUUUCCAACGACCGUUGAGGAGCUGCAGUACAAGUACGACAACUUCAAAGACCUGCAGGACUUCUUGGACUUGUACUAUGUUGGAAUGGGUGUCCUGAUCACUGAGGAGGACUUCUACGAGCUUGCCUGGGCAUACUUCACCAAAGCUCAUGCCGAUGGUUUGCACCAUGCAGAGACCUUUUUCGAUCCCCAAGGCCAUUUGGAGAGAGGUAUUAGCAUGGAGACUGUUGUUAAUGGGUUCAAGAAGGCUUGCGAUCAGGCUGAAAAGGAGCUCGGCAUUACUACCAAAUUAAUCAUGUGUCUGUUGAGACACCUGCCUGCCAAGGAUGGACUUGACACGAUCCAGCUUGCUAAGCCAUACUAUCAAAAAGGGUGGAUCCACGGAUUGGGUCUUGACUCUUCGGAGAAGCCGUUCCCUCCUGAGCUUUUUGAGGAGUGCUAUGCACACAUGGCGGAGCACCAUCCGGAGGUGCUUCUGACUGCCCAUGCUGGAGAGGAAGGCGGUCCCGAGUUCAUUCACAAGUCGCUGGACCUGUUGAACGUGACGCGGAUUGACCACGGAGUGAACUCGAUCAAGGACCCGUUGCUGAUCAAGAAGCUUGCAGAGCAGCAGACGAUGCUGUCGCUGUGUCCGAUGUCGAACCUGAAGCUGCGUGUUGUUGAAGACAUCGGUGAUCUGCCGAUCAGAGAGUGGAUUGCAGCCGGUGUUCCGUUCUCGAUCAACUCGGACGACCCUGCGUAUUUCGGAGGAUACAUUCUGGACAACUACCUGGCCGUCCAGGACAAGUUUGGGUUUGACAUUCCUACGUGGAAGCUGAUUGCGCAGAACGGAGUGAAUGGCUCGUUUGUGGCCAAGGCUCGGAAGGACGAGCUACUCCGGCUGAUCGAUGAGGUCUGUGCCAAACACCAAUGA